GAGUGAAACAAAGCAGUCUGCCCGGAGUCGUGCCGCUUGGAGAGAGAGGCGCGGGCGCAAGUUGCGAAAGGGAAACGAACCGGCGAUUUCCAGCGGGUUGUCCUGAGCGCGGCUGCUGCGUCCCCGUUUCUUGGGCUCCUCGUUCUUUCCUCGGCAUUGUUGGGUUUUAUCGCGGAGGAAGGGAAGCUUAAGGACACCUCAAUGAAGGAAAGGAGAGCCAGCCAGAAACUGUCCAGCAAAUCGAUCAUGGAUCCUAACCAGAAUGUGAAGUGCAAAAUAGUGGUGGUGGGGGACACCCAGUGUGGCAAAACGGCUUUGCUGCAUGUCUUCGCCAAGGACUGCUUCCCCGAGAACUAUGUCCCCACAGUGUUUGAGAAUUACACGGCCAGUUUUGAAAUUGACACACAAAGGAUAGAACUCAGCCUCUGGGAUACUUCUGGGUCUCCUUAUUAUGAUAACGUCCGUCCACUUUCCUACCCAGAUUCUGAUGCUGUCCUAAUUUGUUUUGACAUUAGCCGUCCAGAAACACUUGACAGUGUACUGAAAAAGUGGAAAGGUGAAAUCCAGGAAUUCUGUCCCAACACCAAAAUGCUUCUAGUUGGCUGCAAAUCUGACCUUCGCACAGAUGUUAGUACAUUAGUGGAGCUAUCCAAUCACAGGCAAACACCCGUGUCCUAUGAUCAGGGUGCCAACAUGGCCAAGCAGAUCGGAGCAGCCACAUACAUUGAAUGCUCAGCCUUGCAGUCAGAAAACAGUGUAAGAGACAUUUUUCACGUGGCUACCUUAGCAUGUGUGAACAAAACAAAUAAAAACGUUAAACGGAACAAGUCACAGAGGGCAACAAAACGGAUUUCGCACAUGCCUGGCAGGCCAGAACUUUCUACCGUCACUACAGAUCUGCGAAAGGACAAAGCUAAGAGCUGUACAGUGAUGUGAAGGAGCCUGUUUGGUGGCAGAGGUGCAAAGGACACUGUCGAUGGGUGAGAAGGAGAAGACUUGGCGAGAAGUGCCCAGUAAAAAUGGUCUUCUGUUUGGGCACAAUCAGUGCUUAAAGGCCAUGGUUUGUUUUUUGUAUGCAAGAAACUAUUCUUGGGAGCCGGUGUUUAGAGGAAGCUUUGAAAAGGGAUGGAUACUGAAGAGAUGACAGUGUUGCUUGGUUGAAAUACCAAAAACGUAGGAAACUGAAUGUGCAAAGGAGCAGUAGCACCCGAAGAAAACGAUGUCCUGGUGUAUGCUUAAUUUUUAGACCUAUUUUGAAUACCUACUUUUGAUUUUGAUUACAUGUUAAUAUGUUGCUUUCGAAAAUAAAUUGAAAAUAUUCCUACUCUUCAUUGUGGAGCUUGCCCCUUGACAUAGUUCAGUUUUCCCAAAAAAUAUGGUUGCUUCUUUCCUUCAAGUUCAUUAAAAAAAUAAGGAAGUGGAUUUUGGCUCAUCAAGAAGAAACCCCAGCUGAAAAACACUCAUUUCUCCAGAGGGCAAAGAAAGAAAGGCAGUUUAUGAAAAUCAUAUUCGGAAGGCAAAGGGAUGAGAACAUCACCUAUUUGUUCUCAAAUACAGAAUUCUCCUCUUCGACUAUGUGACAAAUGCAAAAUUUUGGCAGUGGUUUCAGAGCUACAUUUUGAUGCCUUGAUAAGGACAUUUUUAAUACUAUAUGGUUACAAAACCUAAUGAAUGGUGCUAUGCGUUAGUUAUAAAAGGUCCUUAAUUAGAAAGGAGUUUUAGUCUUAUUGCCCUUGUAAUUGGCUCCUUUAGUAUGAAGGAGGCAAACCUCAGCACUGUGUAAGGGAGUAAGUGCUGUUCUGCUAAUAUGACUUUUCUACAGUUCCAUACUAGGGGUGGGUAGGGGUGGGUUGAUUUGUUCUAAAGCAAGUGCAUGAGCCGACAUACAAUUACCUCCCAUUCUGAUUCUUCUCUAAAACAGCUGCAGUGUGGAUGACCAUCUCUUAUUACACCUUUCUGUUUACAUGUAAUGAGCACUCCGGAAAAUGUGGAAAGGAGGGGUCUGAAGAACAGGGGAAUCUUUAGGAGGUCCCAAGUGGAAACUGGAUAUUGCUUUAAUCCCAAAGGUCUGAAGCAGGAAUAUUCAGACAGUGAUCAUUAAGCAUUUCUUGUGUGACCCAGAUUCUGUCAAAUUCCUUUUUACUGACAGAUGACUAUUGUUACAUCCACUAAGCCAAUCCUGGAAAAUAGUUUGCAGAUGUUAUGCUUUAGAGGACACAGUAGACGCUGUCUUCUCUACAGCAUGUUGAAUGCAAGCUUUUUUUUGCCAAAGUUUUUUUUUUUUUGAAGUGUUAUUGCCACAAGUUCCAGAUACGUUGCCACCACAAUGUGCUUUUGACUGAUGCAAUGGUAUGCUUAAGGCAGUAUUUAAAAAUAUCAGGCAAAUGCUUUCUGUAUUUAAAUAUUGUAAAAAGGAAAAAAAAGUUAAUUGUUUCAACAGGAUCACUUUUUAACAAAUGUCAGUCACUUUCUAUGUUUGGGCAUUGUUUCUGCAGUAUUUAUUUUUCUUUUAAAUAAAAAUAAGUUUUAGUCGUUG